AUGAGUGACGAAUCAGGAGAAGUUUUCAGCACCAAGGAAGAAACGGUGACGGUUUUCCGUAAACUGUCGUCAAAGCAGGAAAAUCGAGUAUGUUUUGAUUGCGGGACGAAAAACCCAACAUGGACUUCUGUUCCCUUCGGCGUUAUGCUGUGUAUACAGUGUUCUGCUGUGCACCGUAACCUGGGUGUACACAUCACUUUUGUGAAAUCCUCGAACCUAGACAAGUGGACCGUGAACAAUUUGCGGAGAUUCAAGCACGGUGGGAACCACAAGGCUCGUGAAUACUUCAUGAAGCACAACGGUAAACAAUUUCUCGGCACUAACGUGGAUGCGCGCAUGAAAUAUACCAGCUCAGUGGCUAAGAACUAUAAGGCUCAUCUCGACAAACUCGUUGCCAAGGAUAUGGAACAAUAUCCUGGACAAAUUGUGCUUGCCGGAGAUGACGAAACAGGGGAUCUGUCGUCCGGAUCAGGAUCCAACUCAUUGGGAUCGUCUCAAAACAACAGUGUGGACGAUUUCUUCUCAAGCUGGGAAAAGCCUGCCGCCGCUGCAUCGUCCUCCCCCAAGAUCUUGACACCUUCAAGCACAGGAAAUUCCAGAAGCGCUUCCAAAACGUCGAUCUUGAGUAGUAACAGCAACAGAAGGAGAACCGCAACAACCGCACCCGCUGGCGCCAAGAAGCAUUCGAUUUUGUCUUCUGGUAGGAAAACGACGCGCGUUGCUGCUCAGAAAGUGCAAAAGUCUGAAGCAGAAAGCAUGUUCGAUGAUUUUGAAAAAGCCGCCAUGCUUGAAGCAGAAGAAGCAACGCCGAAGUUAACCCGUAACAGCACUUUGGAAACGAAAACUGUAUACCAGCAACCUGCGCCGGUUAAAAUCAAUUCUUUUGACGAAGAAGAGGGUCAAGAAUAUAACGACGGCGUCGCCUUUGAUCAAGUUACACAAGGGUUCGCGUCGUCCGAUGCUGAUGCUGCUAAACCCAAGCUUGCCAAACUAGGCUUUGGUAUGAUUAUGAAUAAUGCCGAUCAACUUGCUAAUAAAGAGAAAGAAGCCAAGAGAGCAGCGGCGGGUCCCAAAUAUACUGGACAGGUCGCCAACAAGUACGGAGAUCAAAAAGCCAUCUCGUCAGAUCAGUAUUUUGGAAGAGGCAAUUAUGACGAACAAGCUUCUAAAGAAGCUCAAGACAAAUUGAAAAGCAACUUCAACAAUGCAACAUCAAUAUCAUCUUCCAAUUAUUUCGGAGAAGAAGAACCUGAAGUUGACGAGUUUGGACGUCCAAGACUCAACAGCCAUAAUAGUGGAUUUGUUGAUUUCAACAGCGGUGCGGAUGAUGAAUUUCAGGUCAUUAAGGAUGCUGUUGAACAGGGAGCUCAAAAAUUGGGUAACUACCUGAGGGAUUACCUGAGAAACUGA